AUAGUGUUGUUAUUGAUCUGUUGCUAACCUAACGGUCGUCCACCGUACUGAAUGAAUGACAUCAUGCAGGCUGCUGUUGGUCUCCAUCUGCGACAUGACAUCCCCAGACACUAACGGUGUAGAGUGAUGCAGCAGAAGUUGUGCUCCAGAGGUUCUGGCUCUUUCCUCUUGGAGAGGAACGGCCAGGCCUGCGGCGCCGGCACCGCCACUGCCACCUCCUGCGACCUCCCCUUCCGCUGCCCCCGCUGUGGCGAACAGGAGCGCUUCCGCAGCUUGGCCUCGCUCCGCGCCCAUCUGGAGUACCGCCACUCGUACCGCUCGCCAGACGUGACCUCCGGCAGCUUCAGCAUCACGGGCAAACUCCCCGACCCGUUGUCGGCGGCGAUCCCCUGGCACGACAUGAGCCUGCCGACCCGCAGGGGGCAGCAGAGCGCGUGGCGGCCGCCUCACGUCCGCUCCCUCAGUGACAGCAGAGACGGCGAGUGCCUCCGCUCGUACAGCUCUGCGAGGAGACGCACCCAGAGUGUCGGCGUCGGGACCCAGGCGGAGGAGGAGGAGGAGGAGGAGGAUGAUGAUGAUGAGGAGGAAGACGAAGAGGAAUUUGGGACAGAAGAUGAAGACGUGAGAGAAGAGGAGGACGAUGAAGGUGAAGAGAGAGAUGGAGGUAGAAAUGAGGAGGACGUCAAAAAGUCAGACACAUGUCACCAUCACCUGCCGGUCCCCCCUGCGGCUCCUCGAGGACACCCGCCAGAACCGGACCCGGAUGUCGACCUGGACCUGGUCGAGCAGAACUCGUACUCGGGUCUGGAGACGGCAGCAGCCUCGGCCGCGGUGCGUCGGCGGCUGGCCAGAAUAUUGCAGGCGGCUGAUAGCACCAUGCAGCGCCGUCUGGCCAAGGUGAGCACGGAACUCGCCCAGACGGACACGGAGCUCCUGUGUGAGCGUGCUCACUCGCAGCACCUGGCCCAGGAGAGGCAGGAGGUCGCCGACAGGGAGAGGUCGCUGAGCCGGCAGGUGGACGUAGCCGUCAUGGUGAUCGCCGCGCUGAGGGAGCAGCUCAACGCCUCGGAGAACGAGCUGGAACGACGAGAGAGGGAGGUGCUAACCAUCCAGAAGUUCCUGGAAGCGGCGGCUCGCCAGGAGACGUGCGGUAAAGUUCGAAUCCAGUGCUUCAUCGAGAAUCUGCUGCAACGCAUCGCUCUGGCCGAGAGACUGGUGGAGUAUUACCAGGUCAACGGCAGCCCGCAGCAGUGCAACCACUACAAGUACCAGCAGCCAACUGAUAACGGACCUCGCAGAAUCACUAAAAGCAGGUCAGCGGGAGGUCAGCUGUCCUCGUCUGGUCUCCACGACAACAGAAGCCACUCCUCCUUGCAGUUUGGCGGCUGUCCUCUGUUCUCCAAACCCAGCAGCAGCAGCGGCGGCGGCGGCGAGCGAGACCGGGAGCGGGAGCGGGAGCACCGGGAGCGUCUGGCGCAGUCGUCCCGGCUGUUCUGCCGACCCGAACACAGAGACGACAUCUGGAACCACCAGCGGCGCCGCUCCGCUGGGUACGAGGCGUAGAAACUGUAGAGAAACACCGGGGGGAGGGGGGGGGUGUCGGCGGGUAAAACUUUAUUAUAUAACGAUGACUUUAUUCCAGUGUGUUAACCUAUGGAAAAGUACAGUACGGUCACUUUCACAUCAAGCGUCUUUUGGAGCCGUUUACGCCGAAGUGAUUUCCUCCUUCAGUAUCGUUUUUCAGUAGUCUUGCAUUCCUCCACAGCGCUGCGGAGGAAGGUCUGGCUAGUCCACGCAGCAUUCCUUUGGUGGCCACCCGGGAUUUCUCUGUAGGAAAUGACUCGAGCAGAAACGGCUAAUAAUAAUAAUAAUAAUAAUAAUUUUGACAGGGCGACCUCCGGCUCACCCAGUAGGAGCGUGCGCCCCAUGUGGACCGGGUCCUUUGCAGCGGCCCGGGUUCGGGUCCAA